UUAUUGUCUCUUGCGAAGCUGAGGGCAACCCCGAAGAGCAGAAAAGAUACCUCCGUGAAUGGAGCGGAAUAACUACCGCACAAACGAAAGAUGCUCAAAGAGCAGCGGAAUGCAGGAUGGUACCUUCUCCGGAAGCGCCAGUCCAACCCGCAGUGCAGCCCCUUUAAGUGACAGGCGCCGCUACCUGCCCCGCCCACCAGGUUAGACCGGCCGGGAUUCUGACUUCUGUCUACCCACCCAUAGAAGAGUCGCCGCCUUUGCUAACCCCCACUCCCCUCCACGUGCAAUAGAACACGCGCCCAGCUAAGACAGCAGCCCUGCGAAAGCCAGUCGUGAUUGGUUGUUACGGAACGUCACUCAAAACGUCCCGUCUGGCGGGCGGGCGGGUAGCGGCCAUCUUACGAAAGGGUUUGGCGCGCGGGUCAGUCGGGAGGCGCGAGAUUGUGGUGGCUUCGUCGCCGCCGCCGCCGCCGCUUUGGAAGAAUGCCUCCAAAAGGGCGGAAAAGGAAGGCAAAGAUCCCUCAAGCAGAAGCCUCAGUAUCCAAUGGAGCGGAAGCCAGUGAUGUGAAAAAGUUGCCCAAGAUCCAAAAGAUUGAAGGAUCGGGAGACCUUCAUGUGACUAUUGAACACUGUAAAAGCUGACGAGUCUUUGGAUGCAGAGCUGAGGCUGUCAGCCAAGAGCUGAGCCUGGCCUUUCCUGAUAUCCUUGUGGAGGUCAACCUUGAAAAACCCCGGAGAAAUAGCUUUGAAGUGGUUCUCUUGAAAAAGGAUGGCACCAAGAUAGAGCUAUGGAGUGGUCUUAAAAAAGGGCCACCCCGCAAAUUGAAGUUCCCAGAACCCAGCAACAUCGUUGAAAUGGUGAGGUGCAACUUAAACUAAAGUCAACAAUGAUGAAGGAGGAGCAAAGUGCCUCUCUGACUGUCUGUUUGUCCUGUGAGCUGGAGCAUUUAUGAUGAGAUAUGAUGAAGUGGGGUAAAGAAACUCUGGUUGUAUCUCUGAAACUGCUGCCCCUCCUUUACAAGGAAAAAUGGACCAUUUCCUGCCCCAUCAUCCUUUCAAAUUUUGUUACUUCUUGAAACAUUUGGGGGAAGAACUUUAUUUCCAGUAAAGCUUAAUUGCCUCCCCUAUCUCUUGUUUAAUUCUGUCCUGUGAAAUAAAGGUAUCAUGAGAUUGUCUGUCAUGGGAGUUUAGUGUUGUCUACUGUUUUGCGAAUUAAAGUUGCACAUCUAUA